AGCAUAAAUUUGACAUCGAAUAGUACUGAAAGUCAAGGAAAGCAAAAUACACAUGUUUCUGAAAAAAUAGAGAUAUGCCGUCCUAUGAGAUGUCUAUUAUUGCAAAAGCACUUGCUAAGACAGAAACAGUGCAGGUGCUGAAGCGAGUUUGUCAGACAAUAUGGAGUGGAGAAGGGGUCAUCAAGCGAGUGGAGCACUUAGGAGUGAGAAACACACCCUAUAUAAUGUCCAGCCCUGAUGGACAAAAGUGGACUGAAGCAAGGUAUGUUUUAAUGGAUGUGGAUAUGUCUAUUCCAAACUCGAGAACAAUAAUGUCUGAAGUGAGAAAGGACUUUGAUGUGAUUCGCACGAACGUUGUUAGGACAGACCAGCCAUUUAUCAGGCCUUGUGCUACAGGCCAGCAAUGUGAAUUUGGCGAAAUGCCAGUAGAUGAAACAAAGAGAAGAUUCUGGAGAAGAAACAAACUCAAGAAAACAUAUAUGAGAACACAAAACAGAGAAAAAUAAAAACAAAAUUAGAAAUAUA